AUGGAUCUCGACGAUUUACUCGAAGAAUUUAAGGAUGACAAAAGAAACCUAAACAACUCAAAUCAUUUAAAUAAUAACUGGAACAUCUCAGCCAUUUCAUCAACAUAAAGUAAGGGUUUCAAUACAAAAGCUGGAUAAAAUAAAAAUGAGGGGCAGUCAUCAUGGGAUAUUGAUUCAUCAGGUGUCGAUUCCUUCCUAUAGAAUUUUCCUGCUUCUAACAGUUAGAGUAAAAAUAACUAUCAAUAAUCUAAGAAUGGCAAUGGUGCAAACAAAGGAUCAAUUUUAGAUGAUGACUUGGAUGAUCUUAUAAAUGAUAUUGAUGGUGGUGAUACAGGUGAUUCAGGGAGCACAUCAAAUAUAAACAAAAAAUAAUAGCCAACAUCUUUUAGUUACGAAAUCCCACCAGCAAAAUAAAGCGUGUAAAAUGUUUCUUUAGGCGGGAAGUGCUAUCCUCUAUUAAUGGGAGGUUCAUCUCUAUUGGAUGGACAAACAUUGAACAGCUUAAAUCCUAGAAGUUGCGAUAAACUUAGAUGCUAUCAUUGUGAUAAAAAAGUACAUAGAUUUACAAACGUAAGAUGGAAGACAACUGUAGACUAUCUUUUUGUUAGAAAUCAUAACACAAAUCCUAAGGAACUAGUUAAAGGACUAGAUCCUAGUCCUGGAUUUGCAGCCUAUGCUUGCUAGUGCAAAUGGAAAUCACUAAAUGAGAAUACGACCACCGAAGCUGAAUAACUAAAUUGGGGUUGCGGAGGACACUGA